UCACCCUCACACUGUCUCUCCCCUUCCCAUUCACUGUUUUGCUCGUCCGCGCCGGAAAAUCAAUUCCUGUCGCAAUCACAAUUUCCGGCCAAAACCUUUCAAGUUUUACUAUAAACCUAUAAUUAGGGUUAGUUAGUGUCUAGCUUUCCCCUCUACUGAAACGAGCUUUCUCCUAGAGCUCGCCGAUAUGUUGGGAUCAACCUUACAGUUUUCUAGGGUUAAUGGCGACAAUACGUUUAAUAAUCCUGCUAAAGCUAGGCGUCAAGUUCAAUUUCAGUAUGAGAUUCCGCCCAGGGCAAAGGAAAAUCACUUACCUGAAAACUGCUUACCUGAAAAGCACUUACCCAAAAACCACUUUCCCGAGAACCGGUUUCCUGAAAACAAAUUAAUGGAAAAUAGAACUGUUUUUGAGGAUUGCAUAAGGCCUGUGCCUUCUUCCUUGGCAUUUAGAUCGGGUUGUGGAAACCUGGAUCGGUUCUUGGAGUCAACUACUCCUUAUGUUCGAGCUCAAUUCGUAUCCAAGGCAGUUAUGAGAGGGUGGAGAACAAGCAAUAUAGAGUUCCAACCCUAUUUUUCUCUUGGGGAUCUAUGGGAGUCUUUCAAGGAGUGGAGUGCAUAUGGUGCUGGUGUGCCUCUUGUUCUUAAUGGCACUGAUGGAGUUGUUCAGUAUUAUGUACCUUAUUUGUCUGGCAUCCAAAUCUAUGCGGAAUCUGCAAAGAAUCCCGUCACCUCUAGGAAACCUGGUGAAGAGAGUGACGGUGAUUCUUACAAGGACACAAGCAGUGAAGGGAGUGAUUUUGAGGUUGAAAGGGGACUGAAGUAUGCUAAGGAGCAGUGGAACCUUCAUAAUUCAAGUGGUGUGUCCACCCUUACAAUGGAGAGAUCGUCAAUGAGAGAGAAAAAUAUGAAACCUCAUCCUCAAGAAGGGUCUUCUAGUGAUGCUGGUGAAGUUUGCAAUUCUAAUGGCUCUUUACUUUUUGAGUUCUUUGAGCAGGACCCUCCAUACAGCCGUGAACCACUAGCUGGCAAGAUCCUUACUGUUUAUCCUCAUUUUGACCAUCCCCUAGAUUCUAGCAGCACUCAAUGUGCAGUAUGCAGUUCUUCCCAAAAGACCCCCAAGGGAUCUCCAAAGUUACCUCUACCAAUAUUUGGCCUCGCUUCAUACAAGUUGAAGGGCACUGCAUGGAGCCCUAGCAGUGUGCUCGAGAGGCAACAAGCUCAGUCUUUAUUACAGGCUGCUAAAAUCUGGCUCAAGGAGUUAAAGGUGGAUCUCCAUGAUUUCCAGUUCUUUGUCUCUCAUGUUACAAACAGGAGGUAA